AUGUCGGCUUCCGCCAAGCCAGUAGAGUCUGUGAUAGUUGAAUCCAUAACCUGGGGUAAAUCCACAGGCGAUUUGGGUCAACCAAUAUGCUCUCGUUGCUCCGAUCGUGGAGAGACUUGCAUAUACUCUACUAUUCGUCGAUCUCCUGGACCCGGGCCUUGGACCGGACGCACAAAACAAACACUCCAAGCACUACGAGAAGCACGAGAAGCACGAGUAGUCCAAGACCUGCAUGAUCCUCAAGGAGCGUCUGAUGGUACGGUUCAGCUCCUUUACAAUGGCGACGUGUCUGUUACUGAUACUCCUUCGUUAACAGUUUCUUCAGCUGCGCCAGCUUCUGGCAUAUCACCCGAAAGUGCUACAAACGAAACAAACGCAUUACGUUUCUUUGGCUCGACAGGACUCGAAAGCUGUAAUUAUUGGGUUUUCAACAUCUCACCUGAAGAAGAGGCCUAUCUGUAA